CACUCCCUAACUUCCCCUUUCAGUAGAGGCUGAUCAGAAACGAGGAGUAAGAGUAGCUUCCUAGAUGUGUAGAGCUAACGAGGCCAUGAAGAGGUGAGGGAAUCAACAUCAGCCACCUUCAACUUCCUGAAGAGAAUGGCCAAAGGGAGACGCUUCAACCCACCUUUAGACAAAGAUGGAAAAUGGUUCCCUCACAUCGGACUGACAUCAAAGACACCAGAAUCCAUCACAUGUGCUAUGUUAAAAGAGUCCCAUAGUCCUUGUUUAUCUCAGCAAAUAGAGAGGAAGCUACCACCAAUAUACAAAGUCCGGGAGAAGCAAGCGGUAAAUAACAAUUUUCCCUUCUCCAUGCAUGACAAUCGACACAGUUUUGAGAACUCUGGAUACUACCUUGACUCUGGCCUGGGGCGUAAGAAGAUCUCCCCAGACAAAAGACAACACAUUUCUAGAAAUUUCAAUCUUUGGGCAUGUGACUAUGUUCCAUCUUGUCUUGAUGGCUUUUCCAAUAACCAAAUCUCAUAUGUCUAUAAGGAAGCCAUGGUGGCCCCAAAUUUCAGACGCUUUCCAAGAUGUUAUAAUGAGAUACAAAACACUUUUAAAAUUGUUCCUGAGCAAUGCUGUACAGAGUUUUUGAAAAAGAAGCCAAAAGUAAGGUUUGCUAUCACCAAAAAGACUGUUUAUCUACCGAAACUCUAAUCCUCCCAGACGAUUCUUGAUGAAGUUUGUAAUACUGGUAUUUCAUCAGACAUCCUAAAAGUAUAUGUUUUCUGAUCCAGAGCUACCAUUUAAUCUUUAAAAUACUUUCAGGAUUUUUAAUAAGCAUUCAAAUCCUUGUAAAACAAAGAUAUGUGAAGAUAAAGACAUGUGUAAAUAAAUUUCCAAGAUAACCACAUUUACUUUUGGAGGAGUCUUAAAAACGACAUCAUUAUGAUCUAUUACAUUUUCAUUUUGCAAUUUUAAACACUACAGAAGAAGCAAGUCCCCUCCACCCACCCUGAUUUUACCACGCCUCCAGUUCUUGUCUUGUCUUCAGAAGUUCUGUUAAUGUCUGUUUGCCUUUCUUGCAUGGUGCAAACAUUUUGAGGAUCUUGAUUUUUAAGGAUCCUUGAUAGUUCAUCUGUGAGGAGUGUAUAUAUUCCCACACUGUCAGCAUGGAGGUGGAUAAAAGGAAGAACUGCCCGGGCAUGGCCACUAGCUCCUGUUUUGGGAAGGAGCUACCAGUUUGUCUAUUGCCAUCUUCCUGGAACAUUGCUCUGUGACCCCCCCACCCCGACCCCUUGACCCAAGUAAUUACUUUUGCAUCCACUUUGGCACGAGCAUGGUUUAAGUUCACUGUUUGGCAUAGAGACUGUGAUAGGAAUCAAUCUUGGCAGAAAGUCUCUAUAAUUGACCCCAUCAAAUGCCCUGGACCCUGCCACCUUCCAGUUUCACUGCCUGCAUGCCAGCAUUCCUGGCCCAGUUAACACAUUGAUCAAGUAGACUUGACUUAUACACAACUGGAUCCUGUCUGUCUUUCAUCAUAGAAAUUCAGGAUCACUUGUCACAGAUAUAGGGUAAUCUGAAAGUAAAUUCAGUGGAGAACAAACAAACAAAUGAAGGUGAUUAAAUCCCAGGCUGACAUCACUGCUUCUACAAACCUCUUGUCUGAGGCCUGCUCUCUGUUUGUUGAAAUGGGAGAUUAGUAAGUAUUAGAAAUAUCUAUUAGACAUAUUAUCACCAAACCCAAGGUUUUCUCCUUACCCUAAACAGAAUACUUAGAAUAGAAUAGAAACAUAAAUAACUUUCAUAAUGGGUAAGUCAAUGUUAUUUCACACUUCAUCUAAAAGCCACCUAAACAUUGUCUCCCACACUUGAGGAGAUACAGUUAUGUUCACUAAAAUUUAAAAUUUAAAAAUGACACACUAAAAUAGACUAGCAAAUAAUACCACUUACACCUUACGUGAGUAAUCAUGGUAGUUUUUAUUUUCGUUUUAUUUUAUUUUUUGAGGGGAACUUUCUAGGUGCUCACUCUUGCUGUGUGCUUGUUGUGGGUUGUUUAAAUAGAAUGUCUACACAGGCAGAUUGGGUAACAUUCUUUGAUGUCCUGACCCUAUAUCUUGGGUCCCAUGCUUGAUGCAGACACUCACAGGAAUUGGAUAUUUGAAGCUUCUUUUGGAAUUACAUUGAACAUGACUCUCAAGUCUGUCUUCAACGCACGUGGUUAUAUGGUUUUAACUCUGCCUGUGAUGAGUUCUCUGAAAAAUAUUUGUCUCCAUUUCUGAUAUGCAACAGUUUGGUUUACCAGUUGCAUUUUCCCCCCAUUUCCUUUUCCUUUCCCAAGGAGGGUCAUGAAAUUCUCACAUGUGGAGCCUUCUGCCUCUUCUCUCCUUUCUCUGACCAAUCUCCAGCAAGAGUGACAUAUAAUUAAAUUUUCUGAAGGAGACAUUUUUUUUUUUAAUGGCCAAAUGGUAGAUGGAACCAAAUCUGCAAUUAUGUGAAGAAGGGACACAAGAAUUAAUGCAUGGGGGGGGUAUGUUUACCUUCUAUAGAAACAGAUUAGAUACUUCCCCGUAGAGCCAGUUUUUCUUCUCUCAGUUAUUUUCUACAUAGAAAAUAACACCUCACAAUUCUCAAUUCGGUGAACUAAGAAUAAAAUGACACUGUACCAUAAUGGGGGAGCCUCCAGUGUAGACGGCCCAAAUAUAA